AUGCAAGAAGGAUGGAAGGAUGGAAAAAGGAAGGAAAACAUCCAAAUUUAUGCUGAAGGCUGUGAUGAGACAAGAUGAUGGGCAAUGAAUGGAAGGAUCAGGACGAUUGCGAUUGAUGGAUGGGGACAAGGGACGACGACGACGAAGAAUCGGAUAGGUGGAUGGGUCGACGACGAUCGGGAUGGAACGGUUGGAACAGGAUUCGGCGGAAAAAAACAUAUCUCAGGCUAACGACGAUGAUGGAUGGUAGGAACGAUGAUGGUUGGUAG